AUGUCGUAUAAAGUCAGCUUACCAUUGUGCCGCCACAUUGUGUCUAAACAAGCAAAGCCUUCCAUUGGCUUUCGACGAUCCACCACAGCCGUGCAUUCACCCCCACCACGUGCUGUCGCCUCCUGUUCAUUCGCCACUACCGCAGCACAUACACGUGGAUUCGCUAGCCGAUCGGCAAGCAGUGCGUCUAAUUCCACACGCACGAUUCGCAUCCCACCCAUGGUCGUUGCCCUGUCGAGUCUUGCGUUUAUCUGCUUAGGCAUAGGAUUAUAUGAACAUUUUUGGUCAGACAUUCAACGUUUUCCACCUGCCGUACGUCAGCCGCUCCGUAAAGGGCUUUAUUAUCAACACAAAGGAGACUUGGCUCUCGCCCUCAAAUACAUUCAGGAGUCGCUGGAUACCGCCCUUCAAUCCCCGGAGGCAUUGGUGGAUCAAUUGGGCACCACAGCUCCUUUGACAGGUAUCAUGAUUCAACUCGGUGCUGUUCAAGAGCAGAUGGGACGUACGGUCGAAGCAAGGAGGACAUUUCUACUGGCUUUGCGAUAUGUCGUGGGUCUUGAUGACCACCAGCAGAAGCCGCACGGCGGUGAUAUGGAAGUGUUUGAAAAUGCACUCUUUCACCCUCAUCCUCCUAAGGACGUGAUGGCUGCUCUGUCGCCUACGGAACAAAAGAAAGCGAUCGGAUUGGCACAAAAAUUAGGGGACCUCGCAUCGAUGAUGCAAGCUGACGAGGAGGCUGAAAAAUGGUACGUCUGGUCCGUCGAGCACCUGCUGAAACUCUCCUCCCGACCUGUGUCCGACUAUGGAGAUACGGCAGACGUCCUCUUUGAUAAAGAACAUAUGCCCGAUUGGCUCACCGAAACAGACGUGGGCGCCUCUUUAGAAGCCUUGGGCGGCUUUUAUGCGUCACGAAACAAGCCCAGUCUUGCGAUUCCCCUGUACUUGAAAGCGUUGAAUUUGCAUGGCGUCACGUCAUGCCAUGCCACCGUGCUGAUGAACAAUUUGGCAGAGGCUUAUUCAGCCUUAGGACAGUAUGAAGAAGCCAAGCUUUGGGCUCAAAAAGGAUUGGAUUUGGCACAAAACCCGAAUACGCGCAAAAUAAACAAAGAUGGAGACCUCUGUGAUGAAACGUGCGGUAUAUUGUUAUACAACAUGGGCAUGCUAUUUGAGCAAUCACAGAAUAGAGAAAAAGCCAAACAAUUCUACGAGAAUGCUCAAAAACACGCACGCCAGCAUAAACAGAUAGAUUGUUUAAAAGAAACACAUCUCGCUUUGAGGCGGUUAGAACUAGGAUCAAAAAAGCUAGACGUUUAA